AUGGCCAAGUUUCAGCAACUGUCGAGAAGCGGAAGCAGCGGUGGAGCCAGGUCCUCUACCACCACCCCAUGGGCAAGUCCUGGCUGGCUCCCGUCUCUCCCUUGCGCGGUCGGCCGGAGCGGCGGCGAUGACUCGGGGAUUUCCAUCGCGUCCGCCAAGCUCGGCGAGGUGCGGGACCUCCUUGGCGGUGCGCUCUUCCUGCUGCUCUUCGAGGGAUUGCGGGAGGAAGGGCCCGUGUUCUGCCUCAGCGCGGAGCCACAGGACUUCGAUAGGGAGCGCAGUGCCCCGGUUCCGCUGGCGAGCUGCAUCAUCUCCGACGCCUGCCAGCCAUGGACAGGCGAGGUGGGGAAGGAGCCAGCGGCUUCUCCUCUCGUCGUCUACACGCAGCACCACGACGAGGCAGAUCCAGACUUUGGUUCCUGCCGGGACAAGGAGCUGCUCGACCAUCUCGACAACGUGCUGGACAACGAACCCGUGGUGGUGAAGAGAGGCCAGCACAUCGUGGAGGUGAACCCCCAGGGCAUCAGCAAAGGCAUGGUGGACAGCCUGUUGUCGUCCAUAGUCAGAACGGGGACGGACCUGGUGGAUGGGAUGGAGGACGCCGCGAAGAUUCGCAAGCGUUCAGGACGCCGUGGAUGCUGUUCCGCCGAACAACCAAGUGGGCACCGUCAUCAGGAUUGGAAUCAAUGGCUUCCUUAUUUGUGCAGUGAUUCUGUGGGCUGGAGUGACACAGUUAAAUUUAGAACUGCACCAGCAGCUGGUUCAGAUGAGCUAUCCUUUGUGAUCUAUGGUGAUAUGGGGAAGGCUCCACUGGGCCCGUCUGUGGAACACUACAUUCAGCCUGGAUCGGUUUCUGUGGCCAAGGCAGUGGCUAAAGAGAUCCAAACAGGAAACGUGGACUCCAUUUUCCAUAUAGGAGACAUCAGCUAUGCCACAGGAUUCCUGGUCGAGUGGGACUUCUUCCUUCACCUCAUCACGCCACUGGCCUCUCAAGUUCCCUACAUGACAGCUAUUGGUAAUCACGAAAGGGAUUACGUGAACUCUGCAUCUGUUUAUGUGACUCCUGAUUCAGGGGGUGAAUGUGGGGUUGCCUACGAAUCAUACUUCCCCAUGCCUGCUGUUAGUAAGGAUAAGCCAUGGUAUUCUAUUGAGCAAGGGACCGUUCACUUCAUUGUGAUGUCCACUGAGCAUGAGUGGUCAGAGAAGUCAGAGCAGUACAAUUGGAUGGACGAAGAUUUGUCAUCGGUUGAUAGAUCAAGAACACCAUGGGUGAUCUUCAUUGGACAUAGACCGAUGUAUUCCUCCUAUGGUGUUAUACUUCCCAACGUGGAUUCCAACUUUGUUGCCUCUGUUGAGCCACUCCUGCUCAACUACCAGGUGGAUCUGGUUUUCUUUGGCCAUGUACACAACUACGAGAGGACUUGUGCGGUAUACCAAGGCAAUUGCAAAGGCAUGCCAACGUCGGACAAAAGUGGAAUUGACGUUUAUGACAACAACAACUACACCGCACCUGUUCAUGUCAUUGUUGGUGUAGGAGGGUUCAGCUUGGACAACUUCCCUAACAAAGGGGAGGCCUGGAGCUUAUCAAGGAUUUCGGAGUUUGGCUAUGGCAAGGUGCAUGCUACAAGAACCGAUAUGCUGGUUCAGUUUGUAAACUCAAGUUCGAUGGAGAUACGAGACCAAUUUAGGAUUGUGAAGGGAGCUCCGGCAAACAAGUCACUGAGCCUGAUAAUUUAAUAAUAGCUGUCGCUCACAACAGAAAGAAGAUUAACUGGAACUACUUCUCACCUUUUUUUUGAAGAAUACUAUUUAUUUUUGUACUGUAAAUACCAUAUUAUUGUAUAUUAUAGAUGUGGCACUAGAAAUCACCCAAGCAUCCCCGCGUAAAAAGGCGCACCUCAGUGUGGUACUAGAGCUGGAGGAGUUAUAGUGAGCAACACAUGAUCCACGACAACGUUUAAGCCACGUCCCGUCUCUCUCAGUGGCCGAUAUGGCACUAAUCAAACAAAUCAUCUAGUCGACUGAAUACUUAAAGUGUACUUUGCUCUGUGACAUUAAUCCCUUGUCUGGCAUUAUCUGGUACUUGAAUACUUAAAGUAUAUUUUUUAUUCCAAAUGCUAC